GUAAAAUGCCGGAACCAGCAAAAUCCGCUCCUGCUCCGAAGAAAGGCUCUAAGAAAGCUGUCACGAAGACACAGAAGAAGGGUGAUAAGAAGCGUAGAAAGACUAGGAAGGAGAGCUACUCGAUCUACGUGUACAAGGUGCUGAAGCAGGUGCACCCCGACACGGGCAUCUCGUCCAAGGCUAUGGGCAUCAUGAACUCCUUCGUCAACGACAUCUUCGAGCGUAUCGCUGGGGAGGCCUCGCGCCUGGCGCACUACAACAAGCGCUCCACCAUCACUUCUCGGGAGAUCCAGACGGCCGUGCGGCUCCUGCUGCCGGGUGAGCUGGCCAAGCACGCAGUUUCCGAGGGCACCAAGGCUGUCACCAAGUACACCAGCUCGAAGUAAAUCUCUGUUGGAUCGCAUAAACCAAAGGCUCUUUUAAGAGCCACCCACGUUUUCAGUAAAAGAGUCGUUCAC